CGAUUCACGAGCGCGGGUGCAGCGGAGACAGCGGCAGCCGGAAAAUUCAAAUGAAUUUGUGGCUUUGCGGCGCCUAACAGUUCUGCCUUACUCACCUUGCUUACUCGUGGGACUCGCUCUUGCAUCUCGGUGUCGCCCUCCGUGUCGUUCUUGUGCCGGGAAACGUUCUUACCGUCAUGUCGGUCAAGCACUGGUCUCUCCAGGACUUUGAGAUUGGUCGGCCACUUGGCAAGGGCAAGUUUGGCAAUGUGUACCUUGCGCGUGAAAAGAAGACCAAGUACGUCGUGGCACUUAAGGUCAUGUUCAAGUCUCAGCUCCAGAAGAACAGCGUGGAGCAUCAGCUUCGGCGAGAGAUCGAGAUCCAGUCUCAUCUCAGGCACCCCAACAUCCUGUGCCUGUUCAACUGGUUCCAUGACAAGACGAGGGUCUACCUGAUCCUGGAGUAUGCGCCUCAGGGCGAACUCUACCGCCAACUCACUGCGGCCAGGCGUUUCACCGACAGGAGAGCUGCCACCUACAUCUACCAGCUCUGCAAUGCACUCAAGGUUUGCCACAGCCAAAAGGUCAUCCACCGCGACAUCAAGCCGGAAAAUCUUCUCGUCGGUUUUAAUGGCGAGAUUAAGAUCGCAGACUUUGGCUGGUCCGUGCACGCACCGUCGUCUAGGCGGGCCACCAUGUGUGGCACGCUGGACUACCUGCCACCCGAGAUGAUUGAGGGCGCCGCCUACGACGAGAAGGUGGACCACUGGGCCCUCGGCAUUCUCAUCUACGAGUUCUUGGUGGGGAAGCCACCCUUUGAGUCACCCACGACGCAGGAGACAUACAGGCGCAUACGCGAGUGCAGAGUGCAGUACCCUCCGCAUGUAAGCGCUGAGGCACGCGACCUUAUUGGCAAGCUUCUGAAGAGACGUCCUGCUGACCGCAUAUCCCUGGAUGAAGUCAAGGCGCACCCGUGGGUUGUGAACAAUGCGGACACUCAGAUUGAGUGUAAAACCUUGUAAAAACAUGAGUCCGGCUGAUGUGUGUAUAUAAUGGCAACAUGUACAGGCACAUUGAGGGCCUCUCACCAUACUACUCAUGGAAGUGUGCUUGCAGGUCCCCGCUUCAGACAUGAGGUCCUUGUCACCAUGUACGACUUGUUCCUCAUCAAUGUGUAGUAACACUUCAAGCAUGAGGUGCACCACUCUUCACAGUGUGUGUCUCAUUUUUUAGCCUCUUUUAUUCUGCAUGUUUUGACCAUGUGAAGUAUACACGCUUUUAUCUGACGUACGAU